GAGCGCGGCACGGCGCGAUGGAGGACUGCGAAAGAACCGCGCCGGCCGAAGACGCCGCGCACUACCGCCUCUCGGCCGCGGCGACGGCACCGCGGUGCGCCUGGAGCCGCUGCUGGGCGCCUCCAUCUGGCAGCGCUUCCGGCUGCGGUACGUGCCGGUGUGCGGGAUGCGGGGCCCCGAGGGGGCUUUCCCAACCGGAAUGGUUGUGUGAUUCUGUUCUGGCAGGAGACGCUCCUCGGCGGCACCGCGCUGUGCUGGGACAACGUGGAGGAUGAGUGGUUCGUUGUAUAGCUCGUGCCGGAGACCACCCGUGCCUCUCCGGAGCUGAUGGCCGUGCGGGGCGGUCCUGGUGGGGCGGAGGGCGGCCUGCGUUAUCCUCCGGAACCCGCAGCGAUGGGGCCUGCCCCCAGCGAGUGCCUUCAGCAGUGCCCCGCGUGGAGGUGUGUACGAAACCGGCUCCUCUUUGAUCAGGGUCGAUGAAAACGACGAGGCGUUCCUGCUGAUAGAGGCGGCCGGUUUUCUCCCGUAUUGGCGAGUCCUGAGAACAGGGGGGGGCUGCACAUUCUGCUGUGAGAGACCGAAGAGCAGCAGUGGGAGCUAUGUGCUGAAUGCCUAACCAUCUCAGAAGCAUUAGAAUUGUUAUUUGCCCAUUCAGAGGAUUUCCUUGCUGCAGAACCCAUUCAAAGAGCUGUGUAUAAACACAUCAGUGGCUAUGCUGAGAAAAUCCAGGCCUCUUAAUAUUGAGAGCACAGCAAGCAUUGUGGCAGUGCUGAAACAACACCCAUUGUUGGCGGCUGCAGCAGUCCAGGACUUCUACCUGCAGAACCCUGCUGAUGUGCAGGUAUGUCACUAUUUAUGCCUUCCCCUCAGUGUAGUGUGUGAUGACCAUACUUAAGUGACAAACUGCAUUAGAGGGAUCACUUACUAAGUUCUGUGGGAACUUACCUAAGCCCUUGCAUAGUUAUUUUUAAAUAUAUACGUUUUUGGCAUAAAUACUCUUGCUUUUUUAGAUGUAUUAUUUUGAAUGAAGUUCACAUUUAAUUAGAGAUGCUGGGAACUUGGAAUAUUCUUUGUAAAGUCUGAAAAUUGUUUCAUCUUAGGCAAAUAUAUAUCAGUUUCGGAAAUAUUGUCUCAGAUAAGGUUGCUAAUAUUGGUGCUUUAAAACAAAAUUUUGGGUGGAACUGCUGGAAAGCUGAUGCCCAUACAGAGCACAGUUAUACUGCAGUGAGUGUUCUUCUCUUGCUCUGGCCUUUUCACCAAGUGUUUGUAUGCACAGCCUGUGCAGCAGAAGUUUGCCCCAGGCAGGAGCAAUGGAUAUGUGCUGCUCCUUCUGUCCCACCCUCAGCACAAGGACCAUGAGCUGGGCAUGAAGCUGGUAAUUAUUUUCUAUUCAUUUUGUACUUAGUUUUGUUCGGGGUUUGGUCUGAGAGGUGACUCUUUGCUUGUAGGUGGCCUGCCUGUAGAGAGAAGCAUGAGCAAAUUGUCACUUCUGAUUUUUCUGCCAAUGCAGUAUAGUUUGGGGGCUACUUACAGAAUACUCUCGUGCUUCCACCUCUAGAAACCAGUCCAAUCAGGAUUUAAGUCUCAAGGCUGGUACAGCCCAUGGCUCUGUCCUGCACAUCAAAUUUUGCACGAAGCAUGUUGAACUUGCUACAGUGUCUUUGCAGCACAGAGCAACAUCUGAGAUAGGAACGGAGUGGGAUUUGUUUGCUAGUAGUGCAGAAGGCCCAGUGUGCCUUUGGUAUCUGCUCCAAGUAGAAAUACAGCUGCACCUGAGAGCAAGUUUUCUCUUCUGAAAUUGCCUGUCCCAAAGCUUUUGCCUCAGUGCAGCAUGUUUGUGUAGGCUACACAGCUUUGCAGUUGAGCACAGAAUAUAAAUACGUUACAGUAUUGGUGCUUACAUGCUCAGCAGUUGGUGAGCUACAAAUCUAAAAUCUAACCUUUCCAUCUAUGGAAAAUCCAUGAGUAUCUUCAAAGGAGGUGUGUGUGGUUGGUUCCCCUUCAGAAUUAAUCUAUUUAUUUUGGAUAUUAGAAAGGGAAAGCAAGAAGAAAAGAUGGUUUUAAGUAUUUUUGAGAUUUGUAGAUUGUAAAACUGGAAAAUUCUGUUGGAACGGUUAGGUUAAUAUCCUUUAGUUUAUGGAAGAGGGGAACUUUCUUAUAGUAUCACGAUGCCACUUCAGGGAGUAAUUUCAAAACAUCAUGGGAUUUAUCCACGAUUUGUAUGUAGCUGUAACUUCAGUGCCCUGCUGUGGGGAUUACAGUAUUCACUUUGAUUGUUUUUGGUGUAGACUGUAUGAUAUUGCAGAAGAAUCUUAUAUCUGACUGUGAAAGCACCUUAGGCCUGUUUCCUGUAUUGUGCUCCAAGUAUAAAUGGCAAAGUAAUAUAUCAUUUGUUUUGAACUUUCUCAGCGAGAAGUUUGAAUAGCAGUCGUCAUGAAAUGUGGCUGUGAAAAGCAAGUGGAUGAAGAACGGCAUACAUUCCUGCUUGUGUGUUGAAUUGAAUAGGGAGAAAUGCAAGGCUCUGCGGAGUACUUUUAAUUAUUGCAUAUGACAGAAUGUUACUUCCAGCAAUCUGUUAAUAAGCUAGAAAGGUAAGAACUACGUGUAAUUGGUGAAUGCACAGUACCUGUGAGUACUUCAACUAGGUUUGUGUUUCUCUUUCUGACUGUCAAAAAAGUCAGAACCCUUUCGCCUUUGUGCACUUAAUAUAGGUGCUGUGCCUUCUGCGUAUGAGUAUUAAUUUCUCUACUAUGCUUUUAGUAAAAGUUGUGGCUUCAGUAACUAUUUGUCUUGGUUUUGUAAAGUAUUAAGCUAUUCCAAGAGUUAAGAGGUGACUGAAAAGCGUUACUCAUCUGGUUGGCUGCAGAAAUUGUUUACGCUUCAUUGAGAUUCAAUCCCAGUGAAUGACAAAUAAGAAGUAAUCUGUCUCCUUUACUCGAGAAGGCAGCUGGCUAUGACUAUCUCCAAAAGAUCCAAUCCAAAGAAAUAAAUCAUUGCAAAAAUAUCUGAGGAUUUGCCAGUUCAAAAUACCUUGACUGCUAGUUGCUCAAAGUUUCAGUGUGCGCUGUUUGGGAUCUGCUUAUCUGAAUGUUUACCAAGACAAAAUAAGCAUUAAGAACAGAGGAAGCAGAAGAGAAAUAAGCUUUGGAGACAUCAACAAGGAAUGUUACUAACUUACUGUCUUUGGCUACUAUUGUCUGUGUAGUACACUGGUAGUUCCCCAUGGUUUGCUUGUCUUCUUUACUUCUUUGCGUAGAAGGAAAAAUGUGGAACACAUAUGGAGUGUCAGAUAGUGUUGGCAUGGCAAUGCAAACAAAAAUCUGUUUCAGUAAAGUGAAUUUUUCAUUUAGCUCUGAAGUGUGUCCUGGUGAUGAAAACUUGACACUGCUAUGGGCAACAUUUGAUGUGAAUGAGCUUGAGAGAAGCGGCUUGUCUUCCUCCACAGGAUGGGGAGCAGGAUGAUGGGGAUGGACUUUUUUCCCAUUGCAAACAGUUAUUUGUGGUGAGAGAGGGGCAACUGUACUCUCUUUGCCUACUUCUGUCGUGUCCUGUGGCUGCUGGGUUUGUUAUUCAUGGGCAGUCACUUCUGGUUGAUGCAACCAGUUCAUUUAUAAUAAGCCGCAAAGUCUAGAGUUCUUAAUUGGCAAGAUAUGCAAUCCAGUUUCUGAUUUGAUAGCAGUAGGUCAGGAACAUUGUGCAUACAUACACCAGAUCAAGUACUUUGUGUUGACUGUCAGAUGGAAAGUUUUAAAACAUAUGUAAAACCAAUUCCCUGCUAAUACAAAGCUUAACUAGUAUGUGGUCCAUUCUGAUGGCGACAGUAGUUGUGGUUUGUAUAUGAUUUGUCUUGAUGAUGAAACUUUUUCUUUGUAAUUACUACAGGCAAGUUCUGUUAAAGCAACUACAUCUCAAAAUGCUGGCCUUGAUUCUCGAGAGGAAUAUGCUGGGCUGACACCAGUUGAUGUGGAUAUGAACCUAGUAACUAACCUGCUUGAAUCUCACAGAGCUCAGGCUGGGCUGGCAGGACCCACCUCUAACAUUUUACAGAGCAUGGGCGUGUGUUUAGCUGAAAUUACAGAUAGGAUUGGUUCUAGUGAAGGUGCAACAGAAUAAGAGGCUGUCUCAAUUCAAAAGACAGGACUGUUUGGGAAAAGAGACAGAAGAAGUAGCAGCAUUUGGGAGAAAAGAUGAGGUCUGAAUUUAAAGCAUUUUAUAUAUGUGUUGUGUGGAUUUAAAGGCAUAAAGUGAAUUUAUCUGGAAAUGCUGUCUACAUGCAUACUGUCUUAGGAUUAGCAUUUUUUCCAGUAGUAGUAUGCUUUCAGAAAAGUGCAAAAUGAUGUUGUGAGUGGAAUGAAACUCUUGUUACAAAAUGUCUUUAAAGUUGCCAUUCCAAUUUGCCAUAUUUCCAAAAUAUCCUUUAUCCAUAGCAAGGUGCUGUCAAUAUAUGGAAAAUGCUGCUGCAUUCACAGGAAGACAGGAAUCCAUGCGGGAGUUCUCAUGUGGGUUUGGGAGUGCUGAUUCAAUGUUCAUCACAUGUUUAAUUGCUUCUUCAAAAGUAGAAAUGCUGUAUUCUAAAAACUUUUGAUAAUUGUUGUAAGAAUGUUGUUUUCACUCACUAGGAGUGUUUGAGUAAGCUAAUAGAAUAUGUAAAUAGUGCUAUAAUACUGAGUUUAUUUAAAAUAAAAGUACAACUUGAUGGCUGGAGCUGCUUUUUUCUUUGAAGGUAUGCAUGACUUCUGUAGGGAAGUAUUGGAAGUUGUUGGAGUUGAAGCGUUUUCACUACAGGGCCUUUUCUGGAUUCCAUUAUGACUGAGCAUUGGUGGUGUGCCAGCAGUAGCUGUGUAUGAGCUCAGGCUGAACAGCUUAGUUUUGCUGUUCAGGAAAAAUAUAACCUGGAGUUGCUUUCACAUGGAGUGAAUAAUCUAUUCUGGAUAUGAAGACUUAUUUUUAACCAGGUAACUAUUAAAGAAAAUACAUAGUAAUUCUUGAUUUGUAGAGAGCAAUUCCGCACAAUUAGUCAAGUGUCUGAGCAGGCAGAAGAGAAGCUCAAUGGUGAGCUUUUGCUGCUGGUGAGCUUUUUUGGAAUGUACUCAGAAAAACAUGAUGGCAGGUAUCAUCAUCUAACUGCUGUGCCAACGAAGUUUGCAACAAAGCACAGAAAAAAAUCUUUGGAAGUGACACAUUGCCAUCAGUCCACUGAAAUUCAAGAGCCUGUCACAAUUUACAUUGAGUGCUUGCUUGCUGACUUUUCAACUGAUCUGUACUAUGGUGGUUUUUGCAGUUUUUUCUAUUUGUUGGGUUUAGUUGUGUUUUUCUACUGUUUCUUGGGUUAGGCUUUUUUUGUUUUGUAAACAAGGAAUGUCUUGUAAAAUGUUCCAGUACAAAUCAAAACCAUGGAGUCUGUAUACCUGAAUGAAAUGAGCAUGAACAAGGAGUGCAGUGGCUGUGCUGUCUCUGCAUUUGGUAUUUGAUGUUGUGUAAGAAUGAGGGGCUACAGUGAUGCAGCUGGAGUUUGAAGAAUUUUGGAUUGCAGAGUAAGGUGAUACGGGGGUUAGACAAACCUAUGCUGGAAUCCAGAAACCAAGAAACAGUUCUUGGAUCUAGCAGGCAAGGAUAACCAGCAGUUAAUACUGGAAAACAGACCUUCUUCAACACUGGAAAUGUGGAAUGUGGAGGCUACCUAACAUUUUCCACUGAGUUGUUAGAUAAAUACUUUCAAAAUGCAUUUGGAUUUGUGAGUUUGGAUUGCCUGUGGCCUGUACUGCACAAGUCAACAAUAUCAGAGGACUCUUUAAAAGUGUUAUCCGAAAACGAAAAACAAAAAACCUGAGCAAGUUCAGAACAAAGCAGCUCUUCUGGAGGCACUCCAGCUGAUCUUGUUUCUUGGGUAAUGACUUCAGUCAACCAAACUGUUAUUUCUGUCAGGUGGCAUUUACUCCAACUCCUUCCAUUUGUUUAGCAGCUUCACAGCAGAGACCUUCAGUACUAUGGAUCUACUCAGUGGAGGAUUUGCCAUCUAGGAAUCAGCACUUGCAUGCUGCCUCUUGCCCUGCUUUGAAGUAGCACACGAGGUGUUUCUGCUUUUAAUUUUGAAAGAAUAGUUUCAGUGAAGGAAUCCUGAUGGAAUCAAUUAGGGAAGACAAGUACAGCGUGUUUCCCUUUCAACGGCUUGCCAUUAAAGUUUCCAUUAUAUUAUGAACCAGUACUUCAUUCCAACUAACUCUAUUCACUUUGCUCACUUGAGCAUCUGAUGUUUGUACAGCUUUGCUUAUCCCAGGACUUCUGACCCUUCCCAGAAAUGCAGUUUCUUUGUUUGUGGCUUAAUUCCUGGAGCCUGGGUUCUGAAUGGAGUGGUUGUUGACUGGUAUGCCGCAAGAAAGAAGACAACAGGUCCUUCCUCUUCUGUAUACCAGAUGGAAAUGAAUCCCAUGAGGUGGUGGAGAUCUUGAACUUGUUCAGACUCCCUGGAACACCUGGCCAUUUUGGCAGCUGCCACUCUUUUCAUCAAUCAGCUCUAUGGAGUAGAGGGGAACUGAAGAAAGAGCACCUCUAACUAAUCACUGUUAGCAGGAGGCAUGCAGUUCAGCUUAGAAGUCAGCAGCUCACAGGCCAGCAAUGCUGUCAGUGUGAGUUCAGCUCCUUUCUGGUCCCUGGGGAGAAGGUGCAGCUUGAGCUGUGCAAAUGCAGCUUUGGUGGUGUUGCCUGCUAUUUGGUGUCUCUGUGCCUGUAAAUAAACCAUUAUCGGAAUCCUUGCUGUAUAAGUAAGCAGAUGGCACCCUCCCCUUUUGCCAUGAAGGAUUGCCACCCUGCAUAGGACUUUUCCCCAUCUUUCCUUGUAAAAUAAGAGUAACAAUUACCUCCAGGGCACUCAUUACUUGCAAUAGCGGACAAAUAAUUUUUACGGAUACUUGCACAGCUCCUGCUGCAGCUAUUUACGUAAUUUGAGAAACUGGAGUUGGUCUUCAAUAGCAGCAGGAGUCAGAGCAGGCCCUUGGUACCACCUCAGGGUCCCAUGGGAUGCUGCAGAGGCUGCAGCAUCAGCUGCUCCUCCCCCUUGGCAUUUCUGUUCUGGAAUGGAACAUAAGUGCAUCUUGGCAAGUCUGAGAUGGAAAUGUAUUUCUUUCCCUUAAGAAAAUACUACUGUGGAGGGCAGUUGGGAUUCUUGGCAUAAUCAAGCAAAUACAAAGCCACUUUAAAAAAAAUAAAAAUAAUAAUCAGUGAACUGCUCAAGAAUAUGAAGUGUCAGGAGCAUGAAGCUUUGGUUGACGUGUGCUGAGUGUGUUCUCAGCCACCAUCAAGGUUACCACCUUGUAAGGAUGGGUAAGAUUUCCUUACAGAUUCCAGGUGCUGAUAAUAAUAAACUCAAUAGCAAAAUCUGUGCCUUUAGGGCACAUAGUUGAGAUUGCCAUUGUGGAUUCAGCUUAUCUUUUGUAUGUACUCCUACUGUAAAAUAUAGAUGAGCUGUUCUGUUGAGGUAAGACAGAAACCAUGUGUAGGUGUAGGAAUACAUGCUGGCUGUGCUUCCAGGCUUGGAGAUUGCCCUGUGACAUGCGGUGUCAUGGGUUCAGAUGUGAGGCUGAAAUAUUUCCAGGACAGGUGCUGUAGCUAGGGUAAGAGGAGGAAGGAAACCCAAUGAUGGUGGCCAUGCUGAUCUAAGUUAGCUGAGCCUAGCCCUGAUGUUUUCAAUUUGGUGAGGGUUAUUAACUGUACCUGCGGUUAUAAGGCCAUACUAUAGUUAUAGGGCUGAUGAAGGAUUAAAUGAAACUAUCCCCAUUGACUGUUAAUGCUGAUGGCUGGGAAUUUAAGAGAUGACACAGUUUGUCUUAUUCCUGCUCUCUGCUGCAGGUCUUUCCUGUCACUUACGGUUUAUUUUUCUGCAGUAGCACUUGCUUUGACACUCCUAGUUUGGUCGUAAAGUGGGAUAUGAUUUAGCUGUGGAAUUCUGCAGGCUGUGCACAGACAACAUCCAUAUUUAACUAUCAUAUUUUCUGUGGAUCAUUGCUGCAAACCUCUUGUGACUGGAGAUGUAUGUAGCUUCACUAAUAAAACCUCUUCAGGUUCUUGUAGCUCAGACAGACCAGUGGGGCUGAAUUUGUGUGCUUGCUCUUUGCUUUUGCUGUGUUCCUGUGACACAAAUAAUCAACAGCUUUUCUUAGAGGAAGCUGCAAAACCGCUCUUGUCCUGGUCUGAUGCACAUUUGUUUAGCAUUGCAUUGCAUGAAUGAUAUCUGGCAGGGUUUUUACCCUCACACAGCUGCUUGCCAUCUGUUACUAAGUCAAGGUGAAUACGUUCUAAAUGGCAGCUGCAGGCUGGGGCUGCUGAUUUCAUUUCAGCAGUGCUUCCCUAUGAACAAGACAAUAUAAAUAACUGGGGAGAGAUGUCAAGAACAUGGGCUAAGGAAUUUUUAAAAAGUGAUAUAAUGUGUGAAACCCUUUAAAAGCUGUUAUGCUCUGAAUACACACAGAGCUGCAACUCUCAUUGCUGUCCUGAAGUCUGUGGGUGGCAGCCUGGGCUGUCCAUCAGCUCACAUCACCCCAUGGGGACGUCCUGCCAAGCCAGCUGUGUAUCAGCAAUGCAGAGGGGACGUGCUCUGAAGGAGCUGGUGUUGGUUCUUUCAGUUGGAGCCCGCUGACUGCCUGCCUGACAGUGUUAAAAGCAUCACUGGAUAAGCAGUAAUGUUUCCAUGUUUCCCAGCUAACAGGUCAGUUUUCUCCAGUGUCAAAUUCCGAUCACGCUGCAGCUGGUUUGAUAGACAUAAACUGUGAAGUAGAAGAACAGUUGCAUCCUCACAGAGUUCAAGUUGCUGCAGAAGUCUUACAGCCAUUCCUCUGCUCUUUCAGCUGUAUUACUUUUUGCAGCUUUUACUUCUUAGUUCUCUUUCUACCAGAGAGAGCAGAUCCUGUGUGGAUACUCAGAAAGCACUGAGCACACCAAGCUGAAUGUUGUAAUCUGGAAGCAAGUCUGGGUCAUGCUAUGGAAACGCAUGGAGUGAGGUGGGGAGAUAAGAAGAAGAAAGGAGUGGGGCUAAAAGUGGAAAUGGUAUGUUCCAGAGAUGAGAAGAAGAGAAAAAUGAUGGAGUAUUAAAAUGAUGGGAGAAAAAACAAGAGCAACCGCCACCAAGAGAGGCAGCGAGGCAUAUUUCAAAGGAAACUGGAAGCAGGAGAGUUGCAGUUAAGUUCAGUGGUGCGUGAGUUCAUCUAAAGGUCUGGCUGGACUGGAGGGGAGGCACCUCAUCUGUACCAACUUUCUGUCCUGUUCCCCCUUCAAGUAUCUGUACUGAUGGCUUUGCAUCUUGACACUUGAAUUCUGGCCAAGUAAGCAGGAAGGGCUGAGCCUAAAAAAGCAGCAGAUCCGUCCGUCUGCCUCCUCUGCUUUUGUUUCCCCAAAUCUUUGUUACUCUCCCUGCAGACACGAUACCAUUUCACCAGUAAAGCAAGACCAGCUCUCCAAGCAAGACACAGUUCUGGCACCGGACAAGAGAUGUUGUGUCUUUCAGUAAUGUUAUUUUACCUUUGAGUUUUUUGGGUUCUAAUAUGCUCAUAUAUAGGCUUUGCUCUUCCACUCUCUACCACCAGGUAGCUCUGUUCUCACUUCCUUGGGAUGGAAGUGUCAUGCUCUGUCCCGCUGGCAGGGAAAAUGGUGUCUUCAGAAGUAGUUUCAGUUACACUCAUAUAUCAUCAAAGUAGGAGUAUGCUUAACGUUUGGGGGAAAGAAAACCCAACAAAGUUUCAUAUGAAACUGGAAGAUUUAAUGGUAAGGGAAUUGGAAGAAAGGGAGAGCAUACAGGCAUUGCCUUUUCUAUUGUUUCUUUGUCACUCCAGGUUGAUAUACAAAUGAACUCUAAAAGACCUCUCUCCCUUAAUGCUUUUUCUGGAAAAGUGGUGGGUUCAGAUAUCCAUCACAACCUCUAGAUGGAUAAAAUGGAGAAAAGAGGGACAUAGCUGCACAGCGCUCAUUGUUCUAUUGCUUACUGGGCAAUACCAGCAGCAGGUGACGUUUCGUGCUUUGGGACAAAGAAUUUUACUGUACAUUUACUGCAAGUCAACAGAUCUCAAAGAUGAUCCACUGAGCAAGGAGCUGUCUGAGGAUGAUCAGUUUAGAAAUGGCUGUGUAGGUCUGUGUAUCCAAAUGUAGGACUGCCAUCAGGUUACACCUGCUCUAUGACAGAUUUCAGCUGUGGAAGUUUUCAUGUCAAGCAUUACUCAUUCUGGUAGAGGUAUAGGCUUGAUGAAGUCACUGCACCUGAGCUGGCUAGGAAGUCUGCUGCUUAACCCACUCGUUGAUCAGUUGGUGAGCAAUGGCCUGCUUGGGAGGGAACCAGGGUAAAAAAUUUCCAUUGUCUUGCUUUGCAGAUUUGGGUUCUCGCUUGAGACCCUCCAUGACUUCCUCCAGGCCAAACCAGCGGGCUUCCUCCAGCUCCAGGCUGUUCAUACUGAUCUGGAAAGAAUUAGGGGGGGGUAGCAGUUCCUUAAAUCAGCUUUAAAUGUGGGCAGCAGUCCCUUGUUCUUGCACCCACAAGGAUCCCAUACUGGAAUUAACUGUUGAUACCAGCACAGGAGAGGACGUGACUGCACACCAUUGUUUCCUUAGGGAAGCCACGAGUCAGUUAGCCCCGUUCCAUCAUGGCAUUGGCCUGCAAAGUACUAGUGUCUGAGCACCGUAAUUAACGUAGCAGAAACUGCAUGUUCUACAGUGGAUAAUGUUCUGAAUAUUAGAAUGUAACUGCUCUGCAAAGUUAAGAGGAAAAAAAUGUAGAGGCUUUGUGCUCUGGGCUUGUACAUUCAGUGACCUGUGCAAAAUUUUGCAUGUUACAACAGAAGCAAUCAUUAUUUUCUAGUCUCUUCCUCACUUGUAGGAAGCUAGCUGGAAAAAGCAUUUAGAGAGGGAGCUGAUGCUAUCCAAGCUAAAGUCUGUGGGCCAAAAGAGAUUCUGCUAUGUAAAGCUGGCAUUGAAAUGCCUUGAAGGAACCUGAGUCCACUCACCUCCAACUGCUGUCCCCUCACCAAUGCAUGACAAGCUAUCAUUAAGCAGCUGCUGGGGAAGGGCCAGUGCUGGGAUGCUGAGUACCAGAGUGACUCCACCUCCAGGCCCACCUCUUCUGCCACCUCUCGUCGGGCUGUCUCCUCCACAGCUUCACCUAGAAGCAAACAUAUUUGAGUAAGGGCAGGGUGGCAUCAGGGCAGCGAACCGUGGCAAGAAAAGGUAGGUACACUCAUUUCUGAGGUGUUCCAGCCCUGACUGUCAAGCAUGAGAAGGAGCUCUGGUUGUGCUGACCUGGGAAUGCUUAUGUAUUGAAUUGAGCAUCUUGCUGCCAGUGCUUACCUCCCUUAACCAAAGCCAUCAGAGACACUUUUGGUUUUGUCUGUAUGCAGCCAGAGGACAGAAUGUGGGGCUGCCCCUCUUUGUUUCCCUUUUUAAGCCACUUUCCCUCCUGUAACUAAGGGUCACAAGUCUGGGGUUUCUUUCUGAGCCAGAUGGUACAAGAUACAAAAUGGACCAAGAAGCAUCUGGGGCUUCUAUUCUGGGAAGUCUUACACCUAAAUUUACUACCAGAGACUAUAGCAACUGAUAUAUACUCAUAAUUCACCCAUUCUCUUCACAUAUAUACUAUUUUGAACCCUAACUGAAUAACGAUGCUGAGCCAAUCCUUAUUUUUGUGGUAUCAACCACGCAUCACUCAUCUUUCGUGAGCAGGCCCUUGGUUGAUGUCACACAGCUCUGCAUCUGAGGGCACCGUGCUGGACAAGAGGCCGCCUUACCUAUGUCGCAGAAGCCAGACAGAGCGGUGUACAUCCCCUGAGGAAACGAGGGCUGUCGUGCAAGGAGGCAGCGGCUGCCAUCAGACACCAAGAUGAUAACUACUGGAGACAUCUAGAAAAUGCACCCAUGAGCAAAGGAAGGAGUUCAGAUCAAACAUGUAAGUGCAAGUGGCUGGGGGUGCAUGCUGUCCGUGUGGCCCAGCAGUGACCUUGUGCUUACCUGUGCUGCUCAGGUGCCUACCUGUGGGUAAUAAGUUAUUCCGCUGGCGUGACACACGCGCUUGCUGCCAGCUACAUUCUUCUGAGUCGGCUGCCCGGUUUUGCUACAGUACUGGUGGGAAUCGUGCCACCGGAGAAGGGCCUGGGCCUGUGAUGAAGGAAAUACAGAUCUAUGGACAGCUGGAGCCAGGAGAUGAUUCAGAGCAGUCUCCCUGAGUGAUGCUUUGCUGUUUUCUCCCCAGCAUGCUGUUACGGGCGUGAACUCUGAUUACAUUUGGAAGCCUCUAUAAAGUAAAUGAAAUACGGGUUUUGAUAAAGGGGUCUUCUGCAAUUGGUGUUUUAUGUUUACUGCCCUAGCAUCCAAAUUUCAUCAUUUUAAGAGAAGGCGGAGGAAGAGUUGUUCCUUAUUGGGAUAUAAUGGGAGCAUUAAUGAGAACUGAACUAUCCGAAGGAGAUGCCCCAAAUACCUUUUGGGAAAAACAACCCAAGCAUAAAUGUUACAGAGCAGGAAAAGAAACAUUAAUUAUUUCUGCUUAUCUGUUUGGACGCCUUAUUUUCUGUCUUUAGGUCUUCCAAACAGGGCAUCUUGAGAGUAAUUACAGCAUCCUUGUACCUAGUUGGCUAAAAACUGACUGUAGAUACUUCCACAAUACAUAUUAAGUCAUAAAACAACGUGGGAGACAAAGAGAUGUUAGGAAUAGUAACUUCUUAAGGUUACAAAUCCUGCACUGUACCGAGGCCAGCAAGGAAGAAGAAUCCUCAUCCACUACAAAGAGAGCCUUUCGUAAGUCAGUGAACGAUCCCUUGAGCUCAGCCUCAAUGACUGAUCUUUCCAAGGCUCCUGCUUAAAAAACAACACAUCUGUGAUCUCAUGAACUGCAGUUCUUAUCCCAGCUUUACACCCUUCAUUGUUGCGGUAUACAAUUUCUGGAAGUUCCCCUGGAAGUGACAUCAAUGGUACACAUUUCCAAACGUUAAGUGACCUGCAAACAGCCCACCUUUACAAACGCCCAGAGGAAUGGGAGUGCAGUUCAGCCACGGUUUGGCUCAAUCACUGCGCUCACAGCAGCUCCUACAGAGGAUCGACUGAGUCCUCUUGGCAGUAAAUAAUCACCCAGCAUGGAGAAGGGACGCUGCCUCAGCAGCGUCUUCAUCUCAGUGCAUCAAAUGUGAUGCCAACACAGAUGGAAGAGGAGUCAUCCCAACCUAAAUCCAGGGCAAAGUGUGGUACGUGCUCAUCUGAACAACCGAUCAGCACCGACUUCUCUAUCCACUGUUCAGUCUCUUUGAAUUUCUCCAGGAUCCUUUUCAUUUCUAAAGAGCAGGAGAAAGGGGAAGGAAAAGCCGUAAGGAAAGUUAAUUUGUAUGACUGUGAAGCUCUUUCUGCAUUGCCAAGGCUUGUGCAAUCUGGGCUUGAGGCAUGGUGCUCGUGCGAGAGCAGUGGUGGAGACCAGAAGCGUAGCUUCCUUCCUAGAUGUUGCAUCUUUUGACCGUGUCAAGCUAAAGAUGCGAAUGCUUUUAUGCUUGAGGAACAGCUGUCCAUUCCAUUUCUCUCUUAUGCCAGCUGAUACUUUUCUCUCAAAACUUCUCCCUGCUUUGAUGGUAGAAUUCUGUCUGUUACCCUGCCAGCUCUUCAGAAGUUAUGGUCCCACAUACUUAAAAUUUAUCAUCUCAAAGCAGCUCAGGCAUAUUUUGAUACCAUAUGCAUGUGAAGAACAUGAGCUCACGUCAAUGUGCUAAGGUUUUAACUCCAAAUAGUCUUUUUUGUUAGCAAACAUCAUGUUGUAUAUAACAGGAUGUUCCAUGCACGUCUCGGUGGAUUUUUAACCCAUGUAAGGUGUUGUUUAUUGCAAAUGACCCUGUAUCAUUUGAGCUGCGUGACCUGCAAGAUGCCCUGACUGGACAUCUGCUUACCUGCUGCACUGAGCUGUGGUAUCAAAUAUUUCUCCUCGACUUUCCGCAGGAAAGGUGAGAGAUUGUGAAAGAGGUAGAAUGUUCCCGAGGUCUGGGCUUGUCUACACAAGCUGUCAUCUUCCUUUAGCUUAUUCAAGUAUCUGCAGUAAGAAAAGAAUUGGGAAGAUGAAUUCAAGAUCUUGUUGAUAUUACCUGUGCUAUGCUUAUUUGGACGCAUUUAUUUCAGGCAGUGCAGACCCAAGAUAUGUAACCCAAGUCUCUCAAUCCAAGAGGGCUCUUUCAUAGAUGUGAUUGUUUGUGUGCUGCUUCCAGACAGUCUGAAGUAGUAUUUCAAUGAGGUGAGCAGCAUCACUUCAAGUCUGCCUGAAUUUUUUUUCAAGUUCUUUAGCAAGCACAGGCAUUCAUCUAGAGAGUUUCAGCCUAAGACAAUGAGGUCUCCUCCAUAGUGAAGGGAGGGGGGCUUUGACCACUCCCAUCUACAAAGCACACACAGCAGCACUCCUGCAUCACUGCUGAACUGCUACAAGAUGAAAGCUGGCAUUAGAUUUGGGUAGGGCUGCUUGUGACAGUGAACACAAGAGUGCCCAAUCCUGCUCUCAGUGCAAACAAGAAUUAGAUGAGAACUUACCUCAUUUUUUUAACAUAGGUAGAGUGUGACCUGCAAAAGAGAGCAGCUCUUCUAUACGCUGCUUGAUAAAUCGCAGCCAUAAUCAGCACCAAUGGGAAGCUGUCUCUGCCUGAAAAGAGAAGCACAGAGCAUAACACAGUGGCCUUGAAAAGGUAAAUGUGAUUUAAAAGGUGCAGUAACCCAAUGGUAUGUGCUUUUACAGAACCUACAGAAUGCCGGCAUUUGCUUUCCAAAAUAAGCGUGCACAGAAGGUCGUAAAGCUCUACAAGAUGAGGUUAAAUAUUCCUCUCUAAACUCCCGUACCAGUGGGGUAAAGAAGUGAGAGUGGCUGCUUUCUUGUUUGUUUUCUACGCAGUUGUAAUGGCCCCCAUCCAACUGAACAUCCUAUUGCAGCAAGCAGCAGAUCUGUGGGAAAGGCAUUGAUGCCAGAAGAGAAUGAAAGACAAAAUAUCGGCAGCGGAAGAGAAUUCCCAGAGCUCGAUGAGAGGCAGAAGUUGCAGCUGAACUGGAUCACCUCCAACUGAGAACCGCUUCUGUGCCAAAGGAUCCUACCACAUUGUCAGCUCAGGCAGUCACAGACUGCCGCCUGAACUCAGCUCCAGAAAACAGCCAUCUCGGGCAUUCAUCUGAAACAAAAAUGAACUAUGAUUCACAAUCCUCAGCAAUUAUGUUGAGUAUUUCACUUUCCAACCACAGCUCUCAAAGCUCUCUAAGGAGGAAGUUGCGUUUCCUUAAUCCUACAGGCUGGGACAUGUAAGCUGUGCCAAGGAAGAGGCGGCGAGUCCUUCCUCUGAGGAAGGUCGGUGACGGCUCCUGAGCUGGGUGGUGCCUGAGCAGAGGCUCCUCUCCUUGCAGGCAGGCAGUCUCUGUGCCCAAUGCCAUGGAGGUGUCACAGUGGCUCCUGACAUCUCUGCCUACCCAGCAGGAGGUGGAUCGAGACCAGCCACUUCGCAAACGCUUUGCCCACUUACUGCGCUCGGAGCAGAAGGCGUGCUGUCAGCAGUAGCAGGAAACAGCUCCAAAAGGCUGCCGUUGACCUCAGCUGGAAGCACUGCUCCUCCAGCAAGCAGAGCAGACAGCAGCUGUCUGACCGCACUGAGUCGCUCUUCCCCCAGCAGGAGCUCUGGGAAAUGUAGUCCGGGAACCCAAGGCUCAGUUGGGUGGCUGACAGGGUCUGCUCCAGCUUUUCCUGCAGCUGUGGAGCUGCCCGGGGACGAGCCCUUCCUGCAUGCUUCGUUCUGCCAGAAAUCCACAUGGUGUAAUUUGCCAAGCAAAAGCUAUUAUCGGAGCAACGGUACUGCAAUAAUUCUGAAAGUAUUACUUCCCGUUUGUUUAGUUUAUUUUUUUUCUUUGCAAGCUUCUCUGUUUUCUGUGUCAGCAGCAUAAGGGCAUUGUUUGAAGUUAAGGACCGUGUGUCCUCUAAGAGGAAAAUAUGCCAACAGCUGAACACAGCUGAGGAAUGGAGCUGCUGAGUGUUCUAGCAGCCAGACCCGCAGCUGAGUUUGCAGUGGCUCUGAUUAGAAAGUGCCCUUUGCCAGGAGAGAUGUUGGAAUAACAACAUGUAUUUUUCAUGCCUUCAUAACUGCAUACAUUUCUCUGGGACUGAGAACGUUACCCUGAGCUGGAACCUACCUGCCUGUAUUAAGGAGAGAGGGAAUUUUAUCAACAUGUAAAUGUUUUCAUUAGCUGUUUGGUGUGAUGUUCUAAUUGAGGAGUUGCCAUGUAACUUGAGAGCAUGGCUUGUAAAACGUAAUAAGUAGAGCAUGCAGGGAAAUAAUAAGUAGAAUAUGCAGGGAAAUGCCACUGGUUGUUGGCAUUGCUUAUGAGUUUAAGUGUAAUUAUGCUAUUUGUGAGCCUGCUCUGCUUCAGGAAGCACGAUCUUAUUAACCCACAGUGCUAAUUGGAUUAAUGGACAAAACAUCUUCCCUUAAUAAGAUAGAGCACUGAAGUGUGAUCUCCAGUGUAAAUCCACCCUGCUGUUAAAAUGAGCCAGUAGAUCUGCUGAGCCACUAACAGUGAUGGUAGUAAUCUCGCUAGCUCCUGCUCUUCUGUCUUGCCAGCUGCUCCCAACAAGAGGACACGAGCACUGGGACUGCCAUCAGCCCACUAUUGCAAAGCAACUGCUAAUUGCUGCCAGUGCAUCAAGCUAGCGAGCUCACACUGAAAAUGUGUGGUCGUGUCACAAGGAACCUCUUGCUAAAAAAUGUUUCUUUCCCAGGAAAAGGCCGGGGAAAGACAAACCACUUCUUCAAACAGAAAGUUAAUGAGUAGUCUUUUCCUGUCAUUACGCUGUUGAUACAAACUAACCUAUAAAUGGUGAGGCUGCCCAGCCCGGUGGUGGUGCUCUGAUCCUACAGGCAGCCGAGGUCAGGCUGGAGGGGGCUCAGAGCUCCUGCUGGAGCCGUUGGUGACCCUGUUCGUUGCAGGGGGAGUUGGACCACAUGGCCUUUAAGCGUCUGUUCCAACGGUACCUGGUGAGGUGACAGCUUUGAGCUACAGCCAUGGCAUCCAACAAGAUGUGGUACACGGUUGCCCUUGGAUUUCUGCUGCCUUUUUCUUACGCCCAUACGGACUUCUUCACCUCAAUUGGCCAUAUGACAGACUUAAUUAAUACAGAGAAAGAUCUGGUGAUAUCACUGAAAGAUUACAUCAAGGCAGAAGAAAGCAAGCUGGAACAGAUCAAAAAAUGGGCAGAGAAAUUAGAUAAGCUGACAGAUACUGCUACGAAAGACCCCGAGGGGUUUUUGGGACAUCCUGUAAAUGCAUUCAAGCUGAUGAAACGGCUUAACACGGAGUGGGGCGAGCUGGAGAGCCUGGUUCUGAAGGACAUGUCAGAUGGCUUCAUCUCCAACAUGACGAUCCAGCGGCAGUUUUUUCCAAAUGAUGAAGAUCAGACUGGCGCAGCAAAAGCUCUCUUGCGGCUUCAAGACACGUAUAAUUUGGAUACAGACACCCUCUCAAGAGGGAAUCUUCCAGGUGUAAAGCACAAAUCCUUUUUAACAGCUGAAGAUUGCUUUGAGCUGGGAAAGAUUGCAUACACAGAGGCCGAUUACUACCACACUGAGCUCUGGAUGGAGCAAGCUCUGAAACAGCUGGAUGAGGGAGAAGUGUCUUCUGCAGAUAAAGUCUAUAUUCUGGACUACCUGAGUUAUGCUGUGUAUCAGCAGGGGGAUCUGAGCAAAGCAAUGAUGCUCACCAAGCGCCUUCUCGAACUGGAUCCUGAGCAUCAAAGAGCAAAUGGAAACAUGAAGUAUUUUGAAUAUAUCAUGGCCAAAGAAAAAGAAGCCAAUAAGUCCAGUACAGAUGCAGAAGACCAGACAGAGAAGGAAACUGAGGUUAAGAAAAAGGAUUACCUGCCUGAGAGAAGGAAGUACGAAAUGCUGUGCCGUGGGGAGGGUCUCAAAAUGACUCCUCGGAGACAAAAAAGACUGUUCUGCCGCUACUACGAUGGAAACAGGAAUCCAAGAUACAUUCUGGGCCCUGUCAAGCAGGAAGAUGAGUGGGACAAGCCUCGAAUUGUUCGCUUUCUUGAUAUCAUUUCCGAUGAAGAGAUUGAAACUGUGAAAGAACUAGCAAAGCCAAGGCUGAGCCGUGCUACUGUUCAUGACCCCGAGACUGGGAAACUGACCACAGCACAUUACAGAGUCUCUAAGAGUGCUUGGUUGUCUGGAUAUGAAAGCCCUGUGGUAUCUCGCAUUAACACCAGGAUACAGGACCUAACAGGGCUCGAUGUCUCCACAGCAGAGGAACUUCAGGUAGCCAACUACGGCGUAGGAGGCCAGUAUGAGCCUCAUUUUGAUUUCGGAAGGAAAGACGAGCCAGAUGCUUUUAAAGAAUUGGGAACAGGCAACAGAAUUGCUACUUGGUUGUUUUAUAUGAGCGACGUGUCAGCAGGGGGAGCUACCGUCUUUCCUGAAGUAGGAGCAAGCGUUUGGCCUAAAAAAGGAACAGCUGUAUUCUGGUACAAUCUCUUCCCAAGUGGAGAAGGAGAUUACAGCACACGGCAUGCAGCCUGCCCAGUACUAGUUGGAAACAAAUGGGUGUCCAAUAAAUGGCUCCACGAGCGGGGACAGGAAUUCCGAAGGCCGUGCACGUUAUCAGAGUUGGAGUGAUGCAGACUCGUCCUUCUCCUCUGUAUUGAGUUUGUGUAAAAUGCACACAUCUCCUACAGUUUACAAUUGACUAACACUCCACUACAGAUUCAGUCUUCAACUACACCAGUGUUUCAUCUGUGGACAAAACAAACAUGCUUUUAGUUCCUUCUAAAAUAUCCCCUUUAAGGUUUUAUAAACAGAUUAUAUUGAGUUUAAGGUCUCUGAGCGUUACAGGAAAAAAGAAGAGGACAAAUUACAGAUGAGGGCUACAACCAAGAGAGGUGUUGUGUGGUGUUCCUUCACCAUAGCCCCUCUGCUCAGCCACUGCUCGCUCGCUUUGGGCUCAUUGCAACUGUCUGUUGCCCGAUGAUUCAAUGGGAGGGCUCCUUUCUAAGGAAGGCUGAAUUAAAGCAGUUCCUAUUCUUCUGUUUUCGGACAUCUGACUCCUUGCUUUUCUAGAGUGUGUGAAAACCGUGGCCAUGGUUUAUCUUCAUCUGGAAAAGAGGCUGUUAUCUGCUUCGGCCUGUUUUCCUACUUCCACAAAAGCCCAAAUUUUUGGUCUGUCUUCCUUCUUAGCCUCUAUGGUGAAUUUGGCUCUUAACCAUGAAAACGUGAGCCAGCAGUUGCAUAUGCAUCAGAGAAAUGCUUCAGCAGCGUUACAUCAAACGCAUGCCUGCAUCAGUGCAGCCUGACAGUGAGCAGGGCCCAUCUCCUCUGGUUUUUUUCUCUAUUGUUUGUCCACAUCAAAAGAAACAAAUGCUGCUUUUAUUCUGUCUUAGUAGUAAACACAUCUGUUCCUGGGGCAGCGGGGAUGGGAAUGUUUCCGUCUUCAUUAAUAGAAGUAAUUGUGCCUUAGGACACUGGAAUUUCACAUUGGUUAUGAGACUUCAGGUGAUGAGGAAACGCGGUUUUCAGAGAGUGCUCUCCACCCCUGUCCUUCCAGUUCUCAAGUUCUGUGAGAAAUAGAUGGCCUAUUUAUAAUCCUAGAUCAUUUUUAGAUGCUUUUACUUUUUUUGCUGCGUGCAGUCUGCAGCAGUGACAUGCCUUUAGUUAGGGGAUGCUGCUCACAUAGGGCCAGGGCUCUGCCUGCUCUCCAUGCUCUGCUGUUACUUACCUCGCUGAGGCUCCUCCAUCAGCUGGGGCUGGUGCUGGUGAGCAGGGAAGCAUGCGGAAGGGGCUGGAGCAGAGGCUGUGGUGCUGCUCACUUCGCUGCUGCCAGUCCCAUGAGCCAGGCUGGAGCUGUGCUGAUCACCCCAUGCACGCAUGAGGGUGUGCACAUACACACACACACUGUCCCCAAGUCAGCAGUGCAGUAGAAGAACUCGCUCACAGUGACCUUCAAGGACUUGGGUUUGUGACGAGUCUUCCUUAAACUGAGAUGACAUUGAAACCUCUGAGGGAGAUGAGACUGUGACAGCUGUAGCUGUUGGUCUUCUGUUCUGCUCUUGAGAUUCCUGUGGGAGGAAUAACUGCUGUCCCUGCUCCCCCCCAAGCACAGGAGGAGCUGAGCAGGGCAGGGAGGGGCUGCAGCAGGUUCCCUUUCCUGAGCCAUCCCUCUUCAACAGCAGGAUUUUUAGCUAAAUGGUUGAAUAUUCCACUAGCAUGAGAACAAGAAUCAAAGGAAGCUGCACCAGAUUCUGCCUAAACAGUCUGAUUUUCUGGAUGAUGAUGGUUGUUACUGAUUUAGGGGUCAAGCCUGAAGUCUUUACCAAGGAAAAAAAUUCCAAUUUUAGCUAAUUGGGUUUUCUGCCUCCACAAAAUCUUGAAAAUUGAGCCAAAAGUAGAAGAAAACAACAGUUACAUGUGAGAAAUACCUCUGGAAGAGGGAGGAUGCAGUUUAUGGUACUUGAGUUUGAAAUACUGCAUACUUUCAGAAGACACUUCAAAAUCUUUGCUGGAAAACGUCUUGUUAGAGUUCUAUGAGCCUGUUAGCAGUGGGACCUCCAUAACUUCAUCUUCAACUUAGCCCUGCACCUUCCUCUACUGUGCUUGUGUUUUUGAAAGGUGUGAAACAAAGUUCCAUCCAGUACUUAACAAAAAGAGAAGUCAGAAACAGCUCCACCACUUCCGUAGUGCUCACUUAUUCAGAACUGCUGGUACAACAGAGCAGUAUCUAUCUGAUAGAAAUAGACUCACCCCCCAAAAGUUAAAAAAUUCAGAGUGAUCAAAAAUAAUGUGAAGUUGUAACAAUUAAAAAAAAGACAUAACAUCCUUACUUACCCAAGUUUUCACCUUUCUACAUGGUGUCAGUACAGUCUUUUCCUAUCCAUGGUGUUCUCUUUGUUCUCUUCCAUCUUCUCCCCUCUCCUAAGCUCCAGGAGAAGGCAGUGCUGGCUAGGGGUGAAUCCUGCCCCUUCCCUGCAAGUAACAGACAGCAAUGUGGUGUUAGGAGCCCUGUCUGGGGGCAUUCAUUUCUUGCCAGUAGCUCAGAGGGAUCUCUGAAUGGCUUUAGAUAAGCCAGUUCUGCACAGUAAACUAGCACAGAAAGAAUCAGUGCAUCACCAUCAUGCAUAUGUUUGGAAAGCAGCGUCUGGUUUGGCUAUUAACAGAGCAGCUGUUUCUUUCUGAAGUGUGCAGAGGAAUUACUUGACAUAUGAAAAUAAUUCAAAGCUAAAAUUUGUAUAAGGUAGGAGAGAAAUUCUGAAUAAAUAUGGCAGUGAUUGUUCUAGUACUGUGACAUUGUAAGAGGAUACUGGGGCUUGCACAUGUUGGAUGGAAAAAUACAGGGCUGAAGUGAUGAGAAAUCACCUUUUCAUUAUAUCAAGCAAUUUUUCCCCUGUCUCUGUUAAAAACCAAAAGCUGAACAAUGAGCCCAGAAGAACUUGUGGAAUGUACAGGGCAGUUUGCUGAGCAGGUCCCCCCCUCAGCUCCUAUCAGGUUGCUCCAGGGUUGACUUUCAUUUUAAGAACGGUCUCUAAAGAGGCAGCACUUGGGGAGUACAAGUGUUUUAGUGCAGGACUUCUUAAAUCAGUGAACUACACAACGACCUGCAGUUCUUCAGAGAACAUUCUGUCUUUUGACAGUGGAAAUUUUCACUUGGUUUAAAAGGAAGAUCUCCCAAAACUCAAUCUCAAAUCUGCCGAGGCACAUCAGACUGAAACAUCCCAGGUUAUUGGUAGAGAAAUUGUAGGUUUUUCCCUUAAGCUGCAGAUAAUCCGUACUUCAUCCUCCUCCACUGCGGUAGUGUUUGUACACCUCGUCCUAAGUGUGUGAGUGGUGAUGCAGGUGGUGGUGUUCCUCUCUGCCUUAUCCCUUCAUUUCUCCAAGGGCUGUCAUGGAUCAAGAGCGUGGCUCCUGUGUGAAUCUAGUUUUGUAUUAAAGAUGAUUGAAAACUGUUUGGCUCGCAGUGACUGACAAUUGAGAAACUGCCUUACUGUUACAUUUUUUGUAAUAAAAAUUUUAAUAUAAAAAAAUGGGCUUAAAAUAAAAGCCACUGCCAUUAGCAGUGAAAAAUCCUCCACA